UUCCUCACGCACACGACCUCAGAGAAUUGGUGAUAGUGUCACAGCUGAUCUGGGCACCCGUGAGAUAAAUGGCUGAAGAUUUCUCUUAUUAAUCCGAAUCUGCCCAAAUGAAGACAGAACCUGAACUACAGAUGGGCUUAAGACACUAAACCGACGGUUUAAGGAAACUUGAACAACAUCUACUUCACAGAAAACGGAAGAUGGGUCCGACUAGAGUUUUUCCAGUUCUUCAUCGUGUUGCUGCUCUCUCUUCUAUACGCAGUGCAGCGGCGUUAAGACAUUCCCUUUGUAAGUCUACUGGAAAACUGUGCUAUGCCUCGCUCUGCACCCUCCAACAGACAAGAACUGUUUCAACAGAGACUGCCUUAAGACAUCACAUUUCAGACCUGACUGACAGGGAGAAAAGACUACUGACCAAGCUUUAUGAUGGACUUAUCGGGGGUCAAAGGGCAGCUCUCGCUGAGUCAAUAACCCUUGUGGAGACCCAGCAUCCAAGGAAGAAAGAGUUGGCCCAGGUUCUGCUUCAAAGAGUGCUGGCCUUCCGUAAGGAGCAGGAGAAACGCAAUGGUGGCAAUCCAGUGGCCUUCAGAGUGGGACUGUCUGGUCCCCCUGGUGCUGGCAAGUCUUCAUUCAUUGAGGUCGUUGGGAAAAUGCUGACAGGAAGAGGACAUAAAGUGUCAGUACUGGCUGUGGAUCCUUCCUCGUGCACAACUGGAGGUUCACUGAUGGGGGACAAAACACGAAUGACAGAGCUCUCCAGAGACAUGAGUGCGUACAUCCGACCAUCUCCCACUUCAGGAACCCUCGGUGGUGUGACGCGGACCACCAACGAAGCUAUAGUCCUCUGUGAGGGUGCAGGCUAUGAAACCGUGUUAGUGGAAACUGUGGGUGUUGGUCAGUCUGAGUUUGCUGUGGCUGACAUGGUGGAUAUGUUUGUGCUGCUGAUCCCACCAGCAGGGGGCGAUGAACUACAGGGAAUCAAAAGAGGAAUCAUUGAGAUGGCUGACUUGGUGGUGGUUACUAAAUCAGAUGGUGAUCUGGUUGUUCCAGCACGGAGGAUACAGGCAGAAUACACUAGUGCCCUGAAGUUACUCCGAAAGAAGUCCAAAGUCUGGAAACCAAAGGUGGUCCGCAUAUCUUCUCAGACGGGGCAGGGGGUGCCUGAGCUGUGGGAUACCAUGCUACAGUUCCGGGAAGCGAUGCUGAGCAGCGGGGAGCUCCGAGUCCGGCGGCAAACUCAGCAGAAGGUGUGGUUGUGGAAUCUGAUCCAGGAGAACGCUCUGCGCCACUUCCAGCAGCAUCCAGCAGUGCGUGCCGAGCUCCCGGAGCUGGAGCGAAGGGUCACAUGUGGAGAUAUCUCACCAGGCCUUGCUGCUGACCUCCUUCUGAAAGUCUUCUCCACUGUACAGUAAUCGAAGGCAUUUCCAUGAGAAGCCAAAAGCUGAGGCUUAUUGGAAAGAUAUUAUAGAAAGAUUGAGUCUUACAAGAUUUGAUUACCUGUUUCAUCUGGUUUUAAAGGAUUUUAAUGACUGAUGAUAUUUGAUAAUUAUGAUAGGUGAGAUAACGGCCUCUGUAUUAUCUUGCAAAGUUGGUGAAAUUGUAUUUAAAGAAAAGGAAAUUAAAUGAUUAACAACUUUUACACCCCUUCACUUGAAAUCGGUUACUUGUACAGGGCCCAACAAUAAAAUAUUUCCAUUUGUCCACUCGG